CAGGUGGCCCAGAUGACUGGCAGCUGCCGCGUGAGCGACGCCAUCCGGAGCCGCUUCUCGGCGUGGAAGGCCCAAAAGUCAGAGCUCUACACCAGCCUGCCGAAGGCGAGGUACGGGCUCACGGACUACCACGACACCCGCCACAUCACCGAGCCGAGCGUUCCUCUCAGCGGGCAGUACAUGCCCGACAGCGAGCGCUUCAAGACGACGAACCACGUCAUGUCCGCGUUUUCCGUGCCAGACCACGCCCACCCGCAGACCUCCGACGAUCUCCGCAAACACUCGCUGAGAGAGUACAAGGUCGAGCGCAUCCGGGACCGCCAGCGCGACUUCUCCGAGAGGUGCUGGGCCGCGAACGAGGCGGCGCAGAACUUCGACGACAGGAAGAUGGCGCACAAGGCUUUGACAUUGAUGAACUACGAGCGACAGACCAGGACUGAUGGCCUGCAACUGAGCGGCCCCCCCGGCCCCGUUUCGGGCCGGGCCGCGGUCCGCCCCCGCGCGGCGGCGCGCAAGGGUGGCCCCCCUCGACGGAGUGACGCCACUCCUACCGAAUCAGGGCUGCUCGUGCGCGUAGCCGGCCAGUGCCGCGCGCCCCGCCCCAGCCACGCUGCCGCUCCUGUUCCUGCUCCUCCCGCCCCUCCUCGGACUGGGGCGCCUAUUCGGGUCUCGCUGCUCCUCUCCCCCUGACUCCGCGCUGCCACUCCUGUCCCAGUAGCCUCUCCUCGCGCGCGCCGCCGCACCCCGAAGGGGCGGGUCCUUGAGGCGCUGCGACGGAGGAGCGCGGUCUGGCGCUGCCGUGGCCAGCCGCCACCAGGCCAGACCUCCAGCGGGCUUGUGUGGGUCUGUUCAGUCCAGGACAUUGGGGAGUGUGUCCAGGCGGGGCUGAAGAAAGGCACGCAAGGCCGCGCCCUGGAAAGGGGCGAAUCCUUGAGGCACACCGUGCGAGGGCGGGCGCGGCCUGGCGCUGCUCUGGCCGCCGCCAGGCCUGACCUCUCCCGAGAGCGUGACUGCGGGAGGAGAAGCGCGAAA